CAAGAAUCAAAAUAUAACAGUACUGACUCAGUAACUAAAUUAUCAACAUGAGUUUUCAAAACAAGGUUGUUAUUGUGACUGGCAGCAGUUCUGGUAUUGGAGCAGCCAUUGCUGUUCAAUUCGCAGAAGAAGGUGCUAAGGUCGCUAUAGUAGGAAGAAAUCAGGAGAAACUGAACAACGUCGCUAAGAAAUGUGGCAAACCUUUAGUACUCGCAGCUGACGUUACUAAAGAAGAAGACGUUAAAAGAAUUAUUGAUGAGACUUUGAGAGUAUUUGGCAAAAUCGAUAUUUUAGUGAACAAUGCUGGCAUCGCAAAUCCAGCCGGUAUUCAAUCUGAAGACGCAAUGGCUGUAUUUGACAAGGUAAUGACUACAAACCUCCGCUCAGUGGUAUACUUAACUCAUCUUGCUGCUCCUCAUCUUGUGAAGACAAAAGGGAAUAUCGUGAAUAUAUCAAGUGUUGCUGCCUUCAAAGCGUUUUCGAAGGACAUGUUUGCAUACUGUGCAGCGAAGGCGGGUCUGGAUCACUUUACUAGAGCUGUGGCACUUGAGUUAGCAUCAAGCGGUGUUCGCGUAAAUACCGUCAACCCAGGACCUGUUGCGACUGAUAUAAUCGAAAACUUGGGCGCAACGAAGGAACAGCAAGCAGCUAUGUACGAACAAAUGGGGCAAACGAUGCCUCUCAAAAGGAUUUCGAUUCCUGAAGAAAUUGGUGAUCUAGUGCUAUUUUUGGCGAGUGACAAAGCUAGAGCAAUUACUGGUUCUAGUUACGUGAGUGACAACGGUGCUUUGCUAGGAUCUAUACCAUUUGAAAAGUUAGAUCCUAGCUCUAACUAGCAAGAUAAGUAAUUUCAUACAGGAUAACUAUGACUUUAGAACAGCUGCACCAAAUUGGGCUUUGUUUUUAUAAAAAAUAAAUUAUGUUUCUGUUAAU